AAGAAGGGGGAAAAGUUUUAUCAAGGUUGCAUGAGUCAUGUGACUUGCUCAGUUUUAUUUUUUUUAUAUAUCAACCUCCGGGCUCCGAUGCUCGGUACUUAACGCAGUGCAUAGGAGGUUGUAAGCUUUUAAUGUUGCAAUCGUAACUACCAAGUUCCACAUAUUUUAAAACAUACGAGAUGAUCAUCAAUGACUGAUCUACUGACAAGUACCACUAACUGCUUGUCAUACUUGAUAUUUACUGAUUGAAAGGAGGCGUACAACUGAAAGGCACACCUGUAAAACUUACAGUAUGGAUAGGAUGUCAGGGUUUGUCCCAACGAAUUACGGUUCUACCGCAGAAAGGGUCCCAGAGGUCGGAUUUUCCGGUGGCGGCAGUAUAUACGACCAAAAGGAAGCAGACGCCCUCGCGGAAAAUGUGAGCAAAAUCAUUUACAGCAUUAACACCGAGAGGAUGAGCUUGGAGAAGUCUGUCAAAUUCAUCGGAACGCCCAAAGAUUCACAGGAACUCAGGGAAAAGAUGCAAAACACUUUAGUGAGUAUUAAUGAUAAAGUAAAACGAGUUACUUUGGAUAUAAAACUGUUGAAAGAAAAAAUGAGAAAGGGAGGAUGGCAACAAAAACUCCAGAUUCAAAAAAUCACAGAAACGUUUCAAGAAUCGAUACAAAUGUGCAAACCAGUAGAAGAGCUUGUAGUUGCGAAAAUGCGAUGUCACAUGUUACUCUCAGAGUUGGCAAUAUUAGAGCAAAAUCAAGAAAGGUUUUCUGAUUCUGAUCAGCUAACCACAUCGGAAAUGAGACAGGUGACAGAAGCCAUAGAGUUUGAAACAGGAUUGCUCAAAGAAAGAGAAGAGAAAAUGGCAAAGAUAGCCAACACAAUAAUCGAUAUUAAUCAGAUUAUGAAGGAAUUGGGAGCGCAGGUUCAUAAUCAAGGAGAGGAUAUUGAUAGGAUAGAAAAUGCUAUUGAAGAUGUACAUGUUCAUGUGACAGCAGCCAAUGAAGAAUUAGAAAAAGCCUCAACUUAUCAGAUCAAUCUUACAGGGAUGACCAAUUCAGUCGAAGAUACAAAAGAGGAUGUUGCAUUCGUUAAGAAUGACGAUUCUGACAUUCCAAAUUGUAAUUUUAACAAUAACAAUGACAUUAAAGACAAUAGGAGGUUAGAAACUGGAAGGAGAAAAACAGUAUGCAUUCUUCUUGCAUUAUCUCUCAUAAUUGGUGUCAUCCUUACAACCAUCAUAGUUGUCACCCUUCGUGAUAAACACUAGACUGUGAUAUGAAAUAAAGAUUAUUUUUAUUGUUUUACGUUAAUGCAGCAUCCAAAAAAGUAUAUGUAUUAUUUAUAGUUAAACAACCAUGAAACUUUGUUAAUGUAAUCAUAUUAUGCUCAAAAAGAACCAAAUUUAUUAUUCUAUAUUAAAUUUUAAUGGAAAUGUUGGAAAAUCACAUUAAGCAAACAUUCCUAUAUAGAUUAUUUUAUUUUCUUAAUAAGGAUUUAUUAUCAUUACUUAUGUUCUAUAUGAGAAAAAAAAUACAUGCCCAUAAUGUUUCUAAUUUAAAUAACGUCAGUAUAACUUUUGUGAAAUUUUGUUUCUUUCAAUUAGAUUUUUUUUUUUUUUUAAAUAAGAUUUUUAACCUUUUAUCUUCAACACUCAUGGAAGCCAAAGAAUCGCCCUACAUAGAUGUGGUACACAAUUGCGCCUUGCGUCUUUCUCUUUUAUUAAUAUUUUCUGCUACUAACUUUUGUGAAAAAAACGUAAUUAUGUUGAAAGAUUUGUUAGACGCGUGACAAAAUUGUGUAUGCAAUAUUUGUCAUUUAUUGAAAGAAAAAAAAAUGUAUAUCAUGAAAAUAUAAAAUGUAUUUAUUU